UUUAAACGAUAACGAAUAAAGAUUUGUACCUCACGAUGAUAAUAUUGUUAUGUGCCCGGAACUGUGUUUGUUGAGUGGUCGCUUUGGAACCACGACCUUGCAAUUUUGACUGGAAGCAAAUUGGAUUAAAUUUCAUCUUUUUGAAACCAUCCUAAUUGCUGCCGGACUGGGAAGGGUAGACAUUUUAGCUGUGGUAUGAUGGAGGAAGAAAUACAGGAGGGAACCUCGGCAGCGGAAGAAAUUUUGGCUCGUCAACGUAAAGAGAAGAAAGAGUUGCAAGCCAAAAUCCAGCAGCUCAAGAAAAGUAUAAAUAAAGAUAAAAAAAAGAAAAAGGAAAUAACUGCAGAAAUAGCACGUCUUGAGCAGGAACAGCAGAGUCGCCAUUCAGAAGAACUUGCUGCAAUAGGUCAUAAAGAGGGAUUAGAAGGUCAGCAGGAGGAGAGUAAUGAUACAGAGAUCUCGACUGAAGUGACAGAACAAGAAUCGGAAGUUGAUUCAACUGAGGGUCAUGGCACUCAAGGACCAGAAAAGAAGAUGAGUAAAGCAGCAAAACGGCGUCAGAAGAAAGCGGAUGCUAAUCGAGCUCGUGAAGCCCUAAUACGUGAGGAAAAGGAAAACAACCGCUUUUGUGCUCGUAAUGUUGAAGCAGCUAAGCUGAAGGCUUUACUAAAAGCUAGGAAGCUAAAGAUGUUUGAAAUAAAACCUGAUGGCGAUUGUAUGUAUGCAGCUAUGGCUCAUCAAAUGACAGAUGUAACAGUCUCAUGGCUAAGAAGUAAAGCAAGCCAGUAUAUUCGUCUUCAUAGUGAUGACUUUGGUCCUUUUAUCACUAAUCCAGAUACUGGUGAGCAGUUAACCCCUGAAGAGUUUGAGGAGUAUUGUGACCAGAUUGAAAACACUAAUGCCUGGGGAGGGCAGCCAGAGCUCCGUGCUCUCUCACAAGUGCUGAAAAGAAAAAUUGAAGUCCUACAGGCUGAAGGAUCACCUAUCAUAUUUGGGGAAUGCUGCAAUGAAGAGAAACCCAUAAUUUUGACUUACUAUCGUCACUGCUAUGGCCUCGGAGAACAUUAUAAUUCAGUAGCUGUGCUUACUGGUGAAGAAGUUGAAGAUGAGAAUGAUGAUGAAACUUGAUUAAGUUUUGUUUAGUAGGAAUUUUAUUGUUAGUGUUGUGUGCGUGGUUGCACUAGUUUUACUUUCUGAAGUUCAUUUUCAUGCUCUUAAAGGAUUAUCUUAUUUGUUUAAAGCAAAAUUUAAUUUAGAUUUAGCUAACUGAAAUUGCUAGAUGAACUAUCACCAAGCAGUGACAUUGGUUGGGAUGAACUGGUAAACCUCAGUUUAUAGGUUGACCUCUAGUAGUCAAUUUUGAAAUGAGGAUAACAGUGCCAAGUGGUUAAUACCAUCCUGUUUGGGUUACAUAUUCUAAAGUUAAUUUUUUUACAUGAUAUUAAUGCUUGCUUAUUCAAAAGUUUCAACCUUGUAGGAAAGUACUGUGUACAGUGUACCGUGCGUAGCACACAAGAAGUGGCCCUAAAAGUACUCUGCAGUGUCUCUGGUUCCAGCUUUGUGUUCUUUUUUUAAUUUUCACCCAUUCUCUUUGGACUCCUGCUUAGUUAUCAAACCCCUUUCACUUCACCUUGCUUCAGUUUUUAUCCAUCACUUAAAAAGACAUUCUUUGGGUGAGCCAUUUGAGUCUCUAAUAUUAAUCUUCUGUUUUUCAAAAUUGGUUGUGCUUGAUCAAUGGAGAUUUUACAUAGUAGGGUUGGAUAUAAUUCUGCUGUGUGCUUCAUAGAAAAACUUCUGAUGUAUAUGAAUGAUAUCAGAGUAACUAAGCAAUUUCAUAAUCAACUAUACAUGUACUUAGCAAUGUUAAUGAAUGUGAAUUUCAUUAGACUGUGCAUGAUAGUGUAAGUAAAGGUUUAUGCAUUGACUGUCACAAGGAUAACAUGUUCUUGCCUAAUUUGUGGAUGUUUGGUUACAAGUUACCUACUUGUAUUAAAUCUAAAUAUUUACCCAUUCCCUGUUAUCGUUAUCCUUAGACAGCCUUACACAUGACAAGUCUUUUAUAUUUAAGUACAGUAAUAAGAAAUAAAGAUGUAUUUUAUGCAUGCAUUAUUGUUCUUAUUGAAUAAUAUACUCACAUUCAUGUUAAUUUUUACUAUUAAAAUGACCACAAAAUAUACCAAAAAACUGUACUUCCAGCACAUUCACAUAUGAUAUUUUUUUUAUUGUUAUUGUAAAAAAUUACUUAUAUGAGUACUGGAUAUUUUAGGACAGCUGAUAAUUAAUAGAAACAAUCCUAACAAGACAAAUAAAUACCUAACAAGA